AUGACGUUCUCGAAAUGGCAGCUGGCAGUCCUGCUGUCAGCGCGGGUAGUAGAGCCCAUAGGAUACACCAUCCUGUUCCCGUACGUGAACAAGAUGGUAGAGAACCUCAUGCCCGACGUACCGAAGUCCAGCGUCGGGAAGUACUCUGGAGCGAUCGAAAGCACCUUUGCCUUGUCUUCCGUGCUGUUCAUGUAUCAGUGGGGUAAACUGUCAGACAGGAUAGGGAGGAAGCCUGUCAUCUUGGGAGGUCUGUGCGGUGUCGCUGUCACGCAUACGCUCUUCGGUAUGAGUCAAAGCUUCUGGUGGGCCAUGAUAGCUCGAUUCCUGAGUGGUGCUCUGUGUGGGAAUGCUUCCGUCAUGCGAGCUGUGCUAGGCGAGAUAACUACAAAGGAUAACGAGGGCUGGGUGUAUCCUCUCUGGACGGUCUGCUGGGACCUCGCAUGUGUAGUGGGCCCAGCUAUCGGAGCGUUACUUCAGAACCCAGCUACACAGUACCCGGAUUCAUGGAUGGCCAAAUCGAGCUUUUUAAGGAAAAAUGCGUAUUUCUUGCCGAGCGCGUUGAUAGGUUCCAUGUCUUUGCUGGCUGCUCUACUCGUCCUUUUCUGUCUUGAAGAGACCAACCCGGUUUGCCGCAAUGGAGCUGCCGUCAAGGACGCCAAACCGACCGAAGAGACACCGCUCUUGACCGAAGAGCCCAUAGAUGCUAUCGAGGCCCUUCCCCCGGCUCAUAGCUUCUUUGAGUUGGUGUCGAUGAAAGCGAUCCAACAGGUCCUCAUCUCCAUCUUCCUCCUCACUCUUACUGCAAUGUCGUUUGACGCAGGUUUCGUUCUCUUCGCGUACUCUUCGGCCACACUGGGCGGGAUUGCCCUCUCUCCGGCGAGUAUCGCCUCAUGCCUGUCCGUCAAGGGCGGCAUGUCAAUUGCGUUCAACCUUCUUCUAUUCCCGCAAGCUUUGAAACGCGUGAAGAAGAAGACGCUGUAUCGGUCUUUUGCCGCGUGCUGGAUAGCCGUCUUCAUGUUACCGCCUGUCAUGAAUGUGCUUGUGCUGUACUCGGAGGACGGCGGCGGAGGCUCCGCAGCCAGUGAGAUUGGAGAUGGAACAUGGGUGGCAAAUGGAUCGCUUAGGUAUUUGUGGUUCAUGAUGGUCCCGCUGCUGGUGCUAUACGUCUUUGGUGACCUCUGCUUCCCUCUGAACAUGCUCGCUCUGAACGCUGCUGCUCCAUCCGCUUCGUCUCUCGGAGCAAUCAACGGUAUAUCGCUUAUCACCAGUGCUCUGGCACGAUCGAUGGGACCAGCAUUAUUCGGCCUCUUGUACGGCGUUAGCGCAGAACGACACUUUCCACUCGUAUGGCUCGUUUUUGGCGGCAUCGCAUGUUUGUCUACUGUCCAGAGUUUCAGGGUGAACAGUGACACCAACACCGACAAUCGCAAAGGGGUGGAAGUAAACGGGGAUGAGGAAACGUUGGAGAGUUGA